CAAACCCUAGCAGUUCUGACUUGGCAUCUCCCGACAUGCCUCCUUGACGGCGAAUGGGCAGUGUGACGUCACUGUGCGGGGAACACCCCUGGUCACAUAUCUCGUGACUGGACCUAAACACAGAAGCCUUACUGUGUCAGCCGGCUCGCUAAAUCGCUACCGGGCGACAUCCUAAACCGUGUAUCUGCUUAGACACCUUUGUGACAAGUCAAUCUUCGAGAGCUGUGAAAAGAAAAGACUAUGGCACAGCAACAGGGAAAUUAAACAUCCGUGCCGCCUGCUGUUCCCCGGUCCGUUAGCGCCCCCUUGCGGAGGCACCCGUCUUACCAGGGGAUACAUCAGCCGUGGAUGGCCGAGAUACCCGGCCAGGUGCGCCCUCUAUCGACGACAACAAACACUGACGAACGGUCUUGGUCGGGGUCACCAAGUCUUUUAGGAUCAUCUGGAUACAGUUCGUCAGUAUCCCUGUUUGGCGAGUCUUCAAGCCCAAAGGUUGCCUUCGGUUCUCAACAGCCGCCGCUGCCCGCUGAUACCCGUGCUACAGCGACACCUACCGGUCACAACUCUACUUACAAGAUCCGCGACUGCCCAGAAAUCGACCAGUACCAACGCUUCUUGGAGAAACUAGCCAACCGGCUAAACCCCGACGAGGUUGACCGAAUGAAGCGACUGAGCAAAGUUCCGGCAGGCACGUCUGAGAGGAUGAAGAACAACCGUGACUUCAUAGAAUGGCUGAUCAAGACGGACAAGAUCAACGAAGACAACCUGAGUCGUCUUGGUAUCCUUUUCUACUCUAUUAAGAGGACUGACUUGGUGGAGAAGAUCCGUAGGUAUGAAGAGGAACAUGGCGUCCCCAUUGACCGCAGGACUCCCAACAUCCUGGAAAGUUCCUCGUCAGGAACCGAGGAACUGACAGGCCGCCAGACAUAUGCCCACGACAUGGCUGAGAGGCUCGAUCACCUCCGAGAAAGGAUUGAGCGACGAAGAGAGGAAGGGCCAAAGGAGAAACAACGCGCAGCUAUGAUCAUCACCACAGUUUGUCUCGCGCUUUUGGUCCUGAUCUGGCCACUCGUUUGGCUUGACGACCUGCCAGGCUUCCGUGGAAAGUUGAUCGGCAUGGACGCCAAGAACUCCGCUACAGUCGACGUCAUCAACAAGUUUGGCCCAUCAAUCACCGUCCUCGGAGAGACCAUCUUUGGUCUCGCACUGAUGUUCACUGUCUGCUGGCUCCGCCAGGAGGCGCUGUUCCGACAGCUCCGGGAAGACUUCCUGUCCGACCUCGAACUCUUGAUGCAGCCCGCAAAGAAGAGGGUAAAAAGAAGAGUUGUCCAAGUGUAAAAUUUCUCUUUGAUUAAUACCAUGAAAUUGUCAACGGCCAUUGCAGCAAACGAUUGGCUUGUCAUUGAAGAUGGACAGAGUGCUGUUAACUUCACAAAAUUUACACCAUAUCGUGUGAAGUGUGACCGUUGUGAAAAAUGAACACUCCUAGUCAUAGGUUAUGCAAAUCAGUCCAUCAUUUGCAUACCAGUGCAUCAUUGAGGAUGCUAUUCUGAUGACCACUUGUGAAACGUUUAUAAUUGUGAAAUAUAUAAUUUCCAGUUAAGCUAUAUCACCGCCAAUAAUCGAUUUCUAGAUGCCUGUGAGAAGCAUAUUCUGAUAUUGUUUAACUCCAUGAUUAUGUUUGUAGUCUAAUUCACACUUGGCACAAAUAUUUGAUUCAUGUACUUUGGUCCCAUAGAAAAUUAUUCAAAUUUGGUUAUCACAUCUGAUGAUGUCCUAUUAGGAUUUCUAUUCUUAUAGAUAGUUGGAGGGUAAAAUUACGAUUCUUUUGUAUAUUGAUACAAGUUACAGUUAUGGUUACGAUACAAAAUCAUUUCAAAAGUUUCAGAAUGGAGGCCUGAAUGUGAUAUUUCAUUUCACACAGUGAUGACAGAGUAGUACAUACACAAACUCUUUAUUGGCUUCAACAUUGGCUAAAUGCAUGGUUGCAAUUAGAGUCCAUCAUAGUCAUCGUCGUUGUUGAAUAACAUAGACAACAGGAAUAUAAACCUGAAAAUGUAUCAAUUGAACAAGCUACAAUUCUUUUCUUAUGGAAUGUUUUUUGGUAUAAAGGAAACUAAGAAACCUUCUGCAAGUAAAACCUUUGCAUGUUGA